AUGUCAAGCCAAGGCCCCCUAACAACUUGGCUCCUCCAAAGCUCCCCCGAAUCACUCACCAGAGCAACAACCCAUCCCUUCCUCGCCGCCGCCGGCCGCGGAACCCUCCCAAAAUCAAUCCUCUCCCAAUGGCUCUCCCAAGACAGACUGUACGCCCAAUCCUACAUUCGCUUUAUGGGCCAGCUCCUAUCAAAGAUCCGUCUGGAUGCCCGCGCCUCAAACCCAAAUGCCGUUGUGGCUUCAACAGCGGACCAACAAGCCGUUAGUAUCAUCAUCGAUGCCCUCGUGAACAUACGUACAGAACUCCGCUUCUUCGAAACCACAGCCCGCGAAUACGGCCUUGACCUUUCUGCCAUCUCGGCCGAUGAAGGCGGACCAGGUUUGGCCGGGAACGGAUCCGGAUGCAUAACCACCUCAGCUGCGAUUUCGACUACAGGCUCGGGAUCUUGUCCGGGGUUCACCGGUGCUGCGGGUCCACAGGGUGGGAAGGUGAUUGGCAGUAGCAAAACUGGCGGAUACGGGGUAAGCAAAGACGAAGCUGAUCCGCCCCUUUCGACUAUCGAGUCUGGAGAACUUGAUUCGGGCGAAAGUGUCCGCCACCGUCUUUGUGCGUCUCAGGGUGAAUGUCAGAUGCAGGGUGGGGAGGCAUGCCAACCCCCUUCGUCGGCGAAUUGUGCCAAUGCCAAGGAUAAGAGUGCCGUUGUUUUUACGUCUGAAGGAGAACCUGUUAUGCCUUCUGGUGGUGGCCGUCCGCCUUCUACAGCGCCGGUGGAACAUGGUGGACCUGUUUUCUUUGCUGCGACGAGAAUUACGCGGGCAUAUAUUGAUAUGUUUAUGUCUGCGGGUAGUUCAGGUGUUCCUCUUAUUGAGGGGUUGACUGUGCUUUGGGCGACUGAGGUUUGUUAUUUGCGGGCUUGGAAGUAUGCUGCGGCUUUUUUGAAGGUGAGAUUGGAGAAGGAGGAUGGGUCGGCAUCUGCUGAUGCUGAUGGGGGUGCGUUGAGAGAGAAAUUUAUUCCUAAUUGGUCAAGUGAUGAGUUUGAGGCUUUUGUUGAUGGGAUCGGGGAGGUCUUGAAUGUUUUGGCUAGUCAGUGUAAGGGGGCUGAGGAGUGUGAGAUGAUGCGUGGACGGUGUUUGGAGUGGUGGAGGCAAGUUGUUUGGUUGGAGGAACGGUUUUGGCCUGUAAUGGAGUAA